CCAAACUCAUGUCUUUGGAAUUUCAGCUGCCACAAAAGACAGGAAAUGCAACCCAUUCUGCCUGUUAAACCAUAAUCCUUUCCCUCUUGCACAACCAAAGGCGCUAUACUUCCUGCAAUGUCUACACCAGCACAAUAUUAUGAAUCGUUGCCGCCUGUGAGCAAGUUCUAUGGAGUGGCCUGUUUGAUGACCACAUCCGCCUUGUAUCUUGGUCUUUACGAUCCCUGGAACAUAGCACUCUCUUACGAAGAUGUAUUCAAACGUUUCCAGGUUUGGAGGCUCGUCACCAACUUCUUCUUCCUUGGGCCAUUUUCACCCUCUUUCGCCAUCCGUCUCAUAAUGAUAGCAAGAUACGGUGUCUUACUAGAGAGAGGGCCCUUUGACAAGAGAACAGCAGACUAUGUCUGGAUGUUGAUCUUUGGAGCAUUGUCACUUUUGGUGAUGGCUGCUAUUCCAUUUCUAUGGACACCAUUCAUGGCAGAUUCGUUGGUUUUUAUGAUCGUCUAUGUAUGGAGCCGUGAGUUUCCAAAUGCACAAAUCAGCAUCUAUGGUAUAGUGACAUUGAAGGGAUUUUAUCUACCUUGGGCAUUUCUAGCUUUGGACUUGAUAUUUGGGAGUCAUUUAAUGCCAGACAUUAUUGGGAUGGUUGCAGGGCAUCUUUAUUACUUUUUGACAGUACUUCAUCCUCUUGCUGGUGGGAAGUACGUUUUCAAGACCCCUCUUUGGGUUCACAAACUAGUAGCAUAUUGGGGGAAGGGAAUCCAAGUAAAUUCUCCAGUGCAGCGUGAUCCAUCUGCUGGAGUUGCUUUCCGAGGAAGAAGCUUCCGACUAAAUGGUAAUCGAACGCAAACAAGCACGCCAUCAGAGCAGGACCAGCAGGCCCAAGCAAACAGUUCAGCUGCAAGUCAGCCUAGUUCAGGUGGUGGCGUUGCCUUCCGGGGAAAAAGUUACCGCCUUAGUGGUUAGUGGUAGUUAACCAGGCCCUCUUGUACUUGAUCUGUGGCCUAUAUGUUAUACAAGGUUUUAUGAUAUGAAUUAUCAUGCAUUUGCAGUCGGAUUUGUCAUAAAUGUAAAAGAGUUUAAAUCCUGUAUUUUUAACCUCUAAUAAUUCUACAUAUCUCUACUCUUUAUCA